UUAAUUAACUAGCUACUAGCCACACCUCCGCCAGCGUUUGCCUGCAUUGCUGCUCCUGCUGUUCUUUCCCUCUAUCAAUGUCCUCCCCUACUCCGCUGAGGCGCUCCAGAUCUAUUACCAGAAAAGACAAAGACAAGAACUCUCCGGUUAGGGUGUUAGCUAACCCGGACCUCCUCUUUGACUUAUGCGUCAAGUACAUACUGGACUCGAACGAGCUCGCGGGUAAAGCUGUCGUCAAUUUGCCACAGUCACAUGCACAAUAUCUUCUCUGUUUGGGGCUGAAGAAACUAAGGGAGGGAAGGCUAUCUGAUAACAGCAUAUUACACAGUCUAAUAACGGGUUGGGCUCACUCUGAUCUCUCCUUUAACUUCAGAUCAAACCAACUUGUCAUUCGUCGCUUGGGCUCACUCCAACCUGUUGGUCACUCCUGGUCUUUUGGGUGUCUUGAACCUCACGUCUACCACAGUAUAACUGGUGUCUCUAAAUCCCGCUACAGCAGUUGCGCCAGAGAGAUAUCCAUAGGUCUGUUCAAUCAUGUGUAUCGUCACGAUCAGGUUGCUGGAAGCGGUUCAAAAGUCUUCUUAAGGUCUGUCGAUCUCUCUGAUUUCGAACAAUUCUCGUCAGAGCCUGGUACAAGCUUCAUUGAGACAGAAUCCCCUGUCACUCCCUUCUAUCAUCUUGCCAGAGGCACUUUCCCCGGCCGAGAUGCAUACCAGUGUCUCUCGCCCGAUGACUUCAAGUUCUAUCGAACUAAGAAACCCACUCUCCAGCGCUCUUCGGCAGAGCCAAUCAAGCUUUACGUCAAUUUUAAAUUCACGACUGUCAACCACGUGAUGGAGUUUACCAGACUACCAAAAGGUCCUACCAGAUACAAGUUAUGUCUGAAGGCACUCGACAUUGCAUCGAUUGAAGAUUCACCGAUGCUGACUAAGCAGUUGGAUCAACUCAACACCACCGAAAUGGCAACCCUAAUCACUCGUUCUAGUGUCUCUUUGAGCGAGAACUUUCUCCGAAACGUCUCAAGUCUUUGGGUACUUCAAGAUGAUAAGGAUAAUACUAGUGUCGUCAGACAGGCACUCAAAGUCUCUGGUACCCUUAAGAAUCUCUUCAUUUCUUUGCUACUCGACUCUUCCCCUUCAUUGCUGGAAGCCAUCACUGAGACUAGUACUAAUGGCCAUGGUUUGCAAGGUCUAGCUCUCUUCAGAGGAGAGAAUAAAAGAAGCCUGGUGGCUUUAGGAGGCUCUCUUACCAAACUGAGCUCAAGCUUACGCUAUCUCCAGCUCUAUGACUGGGCACCAAGCAAUGUUCCACUAAAGCCCCUCUCUGCCUGCCACCAGUUAAGAGUAAUCUCUAUUGUUGUUGACUGCUCUCACCUCUUCUACUCUUCAGCCUCUCAGUCUCACACAAUUGGAGAACUCUUUGAAACCCUCGGUCACAUAAAGAAGCUCGAGUUCAUAGAGUUAGGAGAGCAAGUUGAUUUACAUGCUCCUGAUCUUGUGAGGAUACAGAAAGUCCUCAGACAUUCCCUCACGUUGCUGGAGCAUUGUCACUUGAACUUUAAUUACAUCAGCUUAAAAAGAGCUGAUCUCGAUGAUACUUUCAAUCAGUCCAUUUAUCAACUCAUAAGGUCUUUCUUUAUGAUCAUGGGUCGAGGGACUUCGUUACUUUAUCGUCAAACGGAGAACUUUCACCUUAGCCUAAAGAGCCCAGCCCUGAGCCUCACCAAGAGGUGGUUAAGUGAUAUUAGACGAAAUGUGUGCUUUAAGAUUGGAGCUGAAACCAAUUCUGCCAGCAGUCUGGUCCACUUGAGGAGACUGGGCAUGUGAAGA